ACGCCCAGGGGCGGAGAGCGCGCGGGGGCGGCGAGCGGGCGGGGCGGCUGCUGCUUUGACCUGCUGGCGGGGCUUCUCCUCGCUCCUUUCCCCCUCGCCUUCGGCCCCCGUCCCCGGGUUCCCGCUCGGCUCGCUCCUCCGCCGCCCUCGCUGUCUGCCCAGCCAUGCCCAACAUCGUCCUGUUCAGCGGCAGCUCGCACCAGGACCUGUCCCAGCGCGUGGCCGACCGGCUGGGGCUGGAUCUGGGGAAAGUGGUGACGAAGAAGUUCAGCAACCAGGAGACCAGUGUAGAGAUUGGCGAAAGUGUCAGAGGAGAAGAUGUGUAUAUUGUCCAGAGUGGUUGCGGUGAAAUAAAUGACAAUCUGAUGGAGCUUCUCAUCAUGAUCAAUGCUUGCAAGAUUGCGUCCUCCUCCCGUGUUACUGCAGUCAUCCCGUGCUUCCCUUAUGCCAGGCAAGAUAAGAAAGACAAGAGUCGGGCUCCCAUUUCUGCAAAACUUGUUGCCAAUAUGUUAUCAGUUGCUGGAGCAGACCACAUCAUCACAAUGGACUUGCAUGCAUCCCAGAUACAGGGAUUCUUUGACAUCCCAGUGGACAACUUGUAUGCAGAACCAGCAGUAUUGCAGUGGAUCAAAGAAAAUAUUAUGGACUGGAGAAACUGUGUCAUUGUCUCACCUGAUGCAGGUGGUGCUAAAAGGGUCACUUCAAUUGCUGACAGACUUAAUGUUGAAUUUGCCCUGAUUCACAAAGAGAGAAAGAAAGCCAAUGAGGUGGAUCGAAUGGUCUUGGUUGGUGAUGUGACCGAUCGCGUAGCAAUUCUUGUGGAUGAUAUGGCAGACACUUGUGGCACAGUAUGUUUUGCAGCAGACAAACUGGUAUCUGCAGGAGCAACUAAAGUUUAUGCCAUUCUUACUCAUGGAAUUUUCUCUGGCCCCGCUAUUUCUCGGAUCAAUAAUGCUGCAUUUGAAGCGGUGGUGGUAACAAACACAAUCCCACAGGAAGAAAAGAUGAAACAUUGUCCCAAGAUUCAGGUUAUUGAUAUUUCCAUGAUUCUGGCAGAGGCUAUUCGAAGAACACACAAUGGUGAAUCUGUGUCCUACCUCUUCAGCCACGUCCCGCUAUAACUGCAAAUGGACUUCAGGAAGCUGUGUUUGUCAGCGUUAUAUUAAAAAAAAUGCAGCUCAUCAUUAAGAUCAUGAAUGUCUAUAAAAGCUUCAUACAUUCCCUCUUACAUGGACAGUAUGCAAUAUCAGUAUCUAAAACAGACUGCCUUUUUGGGGUAGAACUUUUUAUAAAUUCUCCCGGGGCUUUAAAUAUGGAAUUGUAACAUUUGAUUACUGAGAUGGGCAAGUAUCACAUGACAAAGGCCAAAGAUCUCAGGAGUUUGUAUGUAAUAGAAAUUUGUUGCUGAUAGUUAUCAAACCUGAUAGUUAUCAGAACUUUAUCUUCAAACAGAGAUUUAAAAGUUUGGGUCAAGGGUCUGUAUUUUUUUUCCUUCUGAAGACAUCAGUGUCCUGCCUUAAGCCAGCGAUGCAUUACUUUUCGGCAGUUUAAUCUUACAUGUCUCUUUAAAAUGUUCAAACAACAAUGAUGAAUUACUUAUCAAUAAGAAAACAAUCUUCUGAAAUCUCUAUUCUAAUAGCUGGCUUGAAACCACAGUCCAUUUGAUUUAUGAGUUGGAGUUUUUAAUUGUAAAUCUUGGUGUCCAAAGAUGGCUUUCUGUAUUUUGCUUAGUGAAUGGAUUUUUAAAAUUUUUAGGAUUAAAGCAUAUGGAGUCAUUUUAAAAAGCAAAAAAAAAAAGCUGUUGACAUGAGUAAUACUUAGUAUUUAAAAGCCAAACCCAUUGGCAGUUUAUCCUUACAAUAUCUGCAAGUCCCAGUAUUGUUCUUGCCAACCUGAGAUGAUACUUUGGCUCACUUUUCUUCUUUACAUUGGCGAGUCUCAGAGCCUCUUCCUACAUUGUUUUCAUGGCACAAGAGCCACUAUGCUAUUCUUUCCCACACCACAGAGCCCCGGGCUAUAUUGAAAGAGCACUGGAAAUUGGUGGGCAAUUGGCAUGGAGAGGAGCUGCAGUUUGAACCACCCCUAUGGCCUGGGGCUUCUAGCCUUACUUAAGUUGUAUAGGGAGUCAUGUUGCAGCAACUCUCAUGCUGUGGAGGUAACAUAGGAGGCCCAAGUUUUUAAUCUGUUACUACUUUAUCAGUGUUUGAGAAAUGCUAUAAAAGGGAGCAAUCUUCGACCACUGUAACUAUCUGCACUUGAUUUUUUAUUGGGGCUUAUUACGGAAGUGUGAGCCAUAGUACUUUUAAAAUUAGAUUCUUUCUCUUCUAGUCAUAUGCUGGAGAUUCUUAUUAUCCCUAAAGAAAAAAGAAACAAUGAAAAUAAUCAUCUGUACUGAUAUUUUCUUUGUAUUAAAAAUGCUUCCCACAAGACUCCGUAUACUGCAGCUGUGGGGGAACUGAAACAAUGCUAUAAAUACUCUGGUGUAAAAUGGAGUAGUCAGUUGUUUGAAACAGGUUGCUAAACUUGCAUUAAGGCAGUUGUCAAACUUGGUAUUCUUAACAGAGCAAAAUCCAUGAAAGUGAAGGCAGUGGCCAAAAAUUCUUCUUAGAGGAUGUGCAUUGUGUCAUUGGAUAGAUGCUUCCUUCUCAACAUAAUUGUUUCCUUUCUUCUACUGCAAAAAAGAAAUAUUGUUGGAAAUAUGAAUAGAAUGUUAAAAUAGCUUUCACUUGCUAGCCAAUUGUGUUGACAAAUAUGAGGACAGAGAGAAAUAGUAAUGAAAAAUGCAUCAAGUUAAUAAACGAAAGAAUAGAUUUUUGACUAGGCCUAAGAUUACUUUAAAAAAAAAAAUGACCUGUAUUCUACCACUCUACUCAAGAAGAUUGGAAGUGUCCUUCCAACAUAAGGAGCCUAACCUAAGUGGCUCAAGAGCUGCUUCCAUCAGAGGAAGGCUCCCUAAGUAUUUCACUUAACCUCCAUAAAGUGAUUAUAUUCUGUAAUGCUUCAGUUGUUUUUGCACCAUCUUUUUUUAAAAGCCACAAUCUUACCAAACCUAUACCAACCCAAAACACUUUGUUUGCAAUAAGUUCUAGAUCAGGUCUCCAUUUCAAAUGACAUCUGGAAAAGUUCGUUGACUGUUGUAUUACAUUUUUUCCCCUCAAUAAAUCUGAAAAUGUUAUCCUUA